UGGAGGAGUCUUGCACUUGGGUCCUAUCCGCCUACCCUGACAGUACGAACCGACCACGAUGGACCCAGCAGACUCCGAACCACCCUGUGAGGAACCUCAGGAGAUUAGCUACUUUUUUGAGAGAUUCAAUGCAGUCCUCUAGAGCAGCACGUCCUUGGAGAAGUUGGCGGCAGUAACCUUAAUUGAAAGGAAUCUCUCCUCUAAGGCUUGGCUUGCAGCUGCAUCCAAGUUGCUGUCUCAGACUGGUAACUUUAGGAGAAGCCUGCAGGCACUCCUUGUUCCGUCCAGUGAGGCUGUUAGCCCCCAGCCAGAUCCUGCCCCCACAUCCACUGGCUGCAGGCCAGAGUGCCAGGGCCUUCGGGUGGGACAGGUGAGCCUCAAACCAGCCGAUCCCACUUCGAAUCUUCAGCCUGCACAGGUGCAGUUCUCUCCACACGCUGAGGUCUCUCAGGAGUCCCCAUUCUGCAGAACCAGACUUGCCCGCAAGCCUCCCUCCCGAAGGAGACGUGGUGCUAAGCUUUGGCCAACCUGGUCAUCCGACACCAUGCCUCCUGUGCCCAGCUUAGAGGCGCCUGUUCCUGUGCCCGCAGCCGAGUCCGCUCCUGUGCCCGCAGCCACGCCGGCAGCCCAGCCGCCCGAGGCCACGCCCCCCUCUGACUGUCUGCCCGAGCUGGAUCCGCCUCGCUCUGACUUUCCGGUCCCGCCUCUGCCCGAGCCGGUCCCGCCUCACUCUGACUGUCCGGUCCCGCUUCUGCCCGAGCCCCUCUCUGUUCACCCUGUUGAAGUCCUGUCUGUUGAAAGAGUGGGAGGAGAACGACAGGACGAAUGAGGGACUCUCAGACCAUGCUGGAAGAGGGGCGAGUGGGGGAACAGAGGGAGAGCAAAGGGGCCACCAUGGCGUGGGUCAGGAACGAGGUCGUCCGCGUGGGGCUAGCCGAGACCCUCGGCACAUUCGUUAUGAUGGUGUUCGGGCUGGGCUCAGUGGCUCAGGUGGUCACUGGGACAGGAGCAUUUGGGGAGUUCCUGAGCAUCAACCUAGGUUUUGGGCUAGGUGUGGCUAUGGGUGUGCAUGUCGCUGGCAAAGUUUCAGGUGCUCACAUGAAUGCAGCGGUCUCCUUUACUAUGUGUAUCUUUGGACGUCUGAAGUGGACGAUGCUGCCCUUGUAUAUCGCAUCCCAGUUCCUGGGAUCUUUUCUAGCGGCUGGAACAGUCUUUUCCCUCUACUAUGAUGCCAUUUAUCACUACAGUGGGGGAAACUUCACGGUGACUGGCCCUAAAGCAACAGCUGGGAUUUUUGCCACCUACCCGGCCCCAUACCUCUCUCUCCAUGCUGGCUUCCUAGACCAGGUGCUGGGCACUGCCAUGCUGCUGCUUUGCCUGAUGGCCCUGUCAGAUCAGCGAAACCAGCCUGCACCGAUCGGUAGUGAACCUCUGGCUGCCGGCCUCCUGGUCAUCCUGAUUGGUAUCUCUUUGGGCAGUAACAGCGGCUAUGCCAUCAAUCCCACGCGAGACUUGGCACCCCGCGUCUUCAGUGCCCUCGCUGGAUGGGGACCUGAUGUGUUCAAGGCAGGCGGUGGAUGGUGGUGGGUCCCUGUCAUGGCCCCUUUGGUUGGUGGGGUCAUUGGUGCCCUGAUCUACAAAGUAUUUGUGGAGAUGCAUCACCCCUCCGUGGACAAGCGUGGACUUGGGUCUAAUAACAAGCCUGAGAGUGAGCCGCUGGACCAGCUGAAAAAAGCAGCUGCAGCUGAAAUGUGUGUGUAGACAGCUGUCGGACAUACACACCCUCAGGCAGUCAUGCUGAGACCAAAGUGGUUCUGGGGACCAUGAAGAGAAGACGCUGGACUUAGAAGGGCCAUGCUGACCACCGGCUGGACACCACUGGUAUGGACACCAGCUCUCAGUGAAGAUCAAAAGCAGCUAAGGCUGUGGUGCAUCUCCUCUAGCUCCUUCUCUUACACUCUAAUACGAUGGAGUACAAGAUCACUCCAGCUAACCAACAGCAUACAACAGUGCGGAGGGGACUGGAAGGACAAAGAGAUGACGUGUCGCGUCCCAUCUCAAGGCUGAUGGAGGCAAAGCCGAGGGAAAGAGGAAACACAACGAUGAAUCACAGGGCUGGUCAUUAUGUGAAGACACGACAACAUUUAGGCGCUAAAUGACCAUUGAAGAAGAAAGGGAGAUGGGGCUAGUGAGUCGGAUAACUCGGAACACUGCACCCUCUUCACCUGUCUGGCCUCAAUUUAGAUGUGCGUACUAAAUGACCAGAAAAAAUGAUGUCACAGUCACUUAAAAUGUGACUCCACUCUGAUGGAAAUUGUCUGUAAAUCUUGUAUGCUCCUCGGUCAAAGAAGGAAGACAAAACAAUAAUUGCAUAGAAUCUAGAAUCUAUAGAUGGUUGAGAACCACAUGUGAAAACAAACUAAGACUUGGCCAUAAUGUGUUUGAGGCAUAUU